AAUGGAACCAACAGAAACUCCGAUAGUACCCUCUUUGAUUAGUGAAGGGCUGUUUACGUUGUGAGAUGAUAGUGAUGAAGGGAAGGAAGAGGAGAAAGAAGUGUGACAUGAUGAGAAUCAGUUGUAUUUGAAUUAUAGAGGAUGUGUUUUGGAUAAAAAUGCGGAUUUAGGGGGUAAAAAGAAGGAGUAUGCCUCUUUGGAUGGUCUGAAACUUGAUGAAUCUCUUGAAUCGUUUAAACAAACUAUCAUAAACCUCCGCUCGUGUCUGAAAUCCUCUUCAAAAAUAGAAGAAUCAAAAUCUCUCACUUGCACCACUACAAUCUUUUCUCUCCCCUACUUCUUCUACCCCUCCAUUAUCAAAGGCAUUCACAUUCCUUCAAAAUCCAUCACCAUUGAAAUCUCCACUAUCGCUGCUAACAGGAACGACUAUGAGUACAUGAAGGACCUCCGCAAAGAUGUAGGCCAAGGUAAAUCCAUAACCUUCGAAACGUUUAACGGUGACAUCCUGACUAUUCACAAAAAUAUGGUCAAUAUUUUUAAGCAUGAGUUUGAAGAUGAAGAAGAAAGUGAUGAUAAUAAAUUUGCAUUUUUGUCAGAGGAAGCGAGGGUUGGAGCAGAUUAUAUUGAUUACAAUGAUAAAGGAGCUCUGCUGAAGAGACAAAGAGAGAUUCUGAAGAAGAUUGAUGACCAUAAGAAAAGUAAAGAAGCUUCAUUUGCCCCAUUUAGUGUUUUGGGAUCUGGGCUGAAGAAUUGGUUCAUAAUUCUUUGACAAGGAGGGAAAUUUUGAAUAGCGAAGAUCCAAGGAGACCAAAUAAUUGAGCAUAAAAGUGAUUCAAAAUAUGUUCAACGAAAGAAGGCUGGAAAAAGACAAAUUAAUUUUGAUAAGACUUCCUCAUGAAUGACCUCAGUUGGGUCCCAAAUGAGAAGAAAUAACGAGAGAUUACAUCAAGAACACAUCGAAGAAACAUUAAAAUUUUACAAAGAAGACCUAGAUUCUUCAGACCUAAUCCUCCUCCAUGCUCCAGGUGUGAACAAACUAUUCUUCAUCGGCCCUGAUAAACCUUUAAGGGAGAUCAGGGCAAAAGUGAGAACGCUUAAUUUACAAGUGACUACAGCUAAUUAUACAGAGCUGAAGAAGGUAUUUGACAAGGUCAUUGAACUCAAGAUUUGUUUUAACGAGAACUAAAUUUUGAUGCAGUGAAGGAAGAGAGAGGGAUUAGG